AUGGCUACCGUUGCGCCGGGACCGACAUCAGGAAUCAACUCGAUCCUGCCUACAAUAGAUCUCAACUUCAAGUACUCUGAAAUUAGGUCGCAGAUCAAGGACUUUUUUCUUCAUUUCAAAUCUACCUCAAACAUUGACGACGUCCAGAUCGACGACAGUGAGAUUGGUCAAGGUCCCAAAUAUAUGAACCUUCUCCAGAAGAUUGCAAAUAGAGAAAUUACCACUCUAUAUAUCGAUCUGGACGAUAUCAAAUUGUACGAGGACACACAAAAUAUCGCACAAAAUGUGUCUCAAUCGCUGCCCCGUGGUCUUGCAGAGUUGAUUGUCAAGAACACGUACCAUUAUGUCGAGCUGUUCUCCCAGGUGGUGGACGAAAUCAUGCCUCUUCCGACAGUGAAUAUCUCGCAUAAAGACGACGUGUUGGAUGUUAUCAUUCACCAGCGAAAGCUGCGUAACGCACGAAUUGAAAACGAGCACCGUGAAGAGCUCGCUGAAACUCAACUGGGCGAGGACCAGGAGGAGCUGCGAAACGUGGAUACGCCGAAUCUCUUCCCUCCUCAACUGACAAGACGAUACUGUAUCUAUUUCCGCCCUCUCACGGUUACCGCCAAAGGAGGCAAGGCUUUGGCUGUGCGCGAUGUCAAGGGCUCUUAUCUAGGACAGCUAAUUACGGUCAGAGGAAUUGUCACUAGAGUUAGCGAUGUCAAGCCGACUGUUCAGGUGACCGCGUACACCUGCGAUACCUGCGGGUUUGAAAUUUUCCAAGAGGUCAACACCAGAACUUUCACACCGCUCACAGAAUGCACGUCGGAAAGAUGCACAAGUAAUCAACACCGAGGAAAGCUGUUUCCAAGUACAAGAGCUUCAAAAUUUUCCGCAUUCCAAGAUGUCAAGAUUCAGGAGCUGGCCAACCAAGUGCCAGUGGGACAUAUUCCAAGAACUCUUUCCAUUCAUGUCAAUGGUGACUUGGUGCGUUCCAUGAACCCAGGUGACAUUGUGGACGUGACUGGUAUAUUCUUGCCUGCUCCGUACACGGGCUUCCGUGCUCUUAGAGCUGGCCUUUUGACCGAAACCUAUUUGGAAGCUCAGUUUGUCAAGCAGCACAAACGCAAAUACGAAUUUUUGGGUCUCACUCCCGAAGUGGAGCAGAAAAUCCUUGAAAUUACGUCUCAGGGCAACGUGUAUGAGAGGCUAGCCAACUCCAUUGCACCGGAGAUUUUUGGCCACACAGACAUCAAAAAAGCUUUGCUGUUGCUUCUGGUGGGUGCUUCGCCGAAAGAAAUUGGAGACGGUAUGAGAAUUAGAGGUGAUAUCAAUAUUUUACUGAUGGGUGACCCGGGUGUGGCCAAGUCCCAAUUGCUGAAAUCUAUAUCCACCAUUGCUCCCCGCGGCGUCUACACUACCGGUAAGGGUUCUUCUGGAGUGGGUCUGACUGCUGCAGUGAUGAGAGAUCCUAUCACAGACGAAAUGGUUCUUGAAGGUGGUGCUCUGGUUUUGGCCGAUAAUGGCAUCUGUUGUAUCGAUGAAUUUGAUAAAAUGGAGGAGGGAGACAGAACAGCUAUCCAUGAAGUGAUGGAACAGCAGACAAUUUCCAUUUCCAAAGCAGGAAUUACAACGACUUUGAAUGCCAGAGCCUCGAUUCUCGCCGCCGCCAACCCGCUUUACGGAAGAUACAACACGAAAUUAUCACCGAACGAGAAUAUCAACCUACCUGCCGCGCUGCUUUCAAGAUUUGAUGUGCUAUUCCUCAUCUUGGACCGUCCUAGCAGAGAAGACGACGAAAGACUGGCAGAGCAUGUUGCUUAUGUUCACAUGCACAACAAGCCACCAGAAUUUGGCGUCAACCCGAUUGACUCCUCCACCAUGAGACAAUUUAUCUCCAUGGCCAGAAGGUUCAGACCUGUGGUCACUAAAGAGGUUAGCGAUUACGUCGUCCAAGCAUACAUCAAAAUGAGAAAGGAAAGCAAGAUGAUUGAGAACUCCAAAAAAUAUUUUAGCCAUACCACUCCAAGAACACUGCUGGCAGUGCUGAGACUCUCUUUGGCUCUUGCCAGAGUCAGAUUCAGUAACGAGGUGGUUAUUCAGGAUGUCGACGAGGCCUUGAGACUUAUGAAUGCAGCCAAACAGUCGCUGUAUCAAGAUGAAGCUGCCGAGUUGGAGGAGACGCCUACAGCCAAAAUCUUCAAUCUUAUCAAGGAGAAGGUUCACGAUUACAUUGCUAACAACGGCAAUAAGCUGGUGCCGAUGUCACUGCUUAGAGAGUCGUGUUUGGGUAAAGGCUUUACCGAGAAUUUGUUUAACGAGUGUAUUUACCGCUACCAGGCGCUUUCGGUUUGGCAGGUGGUGGACGACGGAGAGAACCUCGCGGUUAUCGGAAACGUCGACGACGAAGAUAUCGAUAUGUUCUAGUUUAUCAAUAAAAAUAAAUGUUUAGUUCAGACCAAGAUCUUUCAUCACCAUGGCCUUGCAGAUUGGAUGGUAGCUUUGCUCAUAUUUUUUGAAGGUGGCUAUCGCCAGCUCCCUGUCGGCCUCGUUAAGUAGCACAUAUCCCGGUCUAACAAAUUUCAUUCUACCAACAGUACCCAGCCAGUCGGCAAGCUUUUGGUAUUCAGAUUGAAUUUGGGCAGUUAGCAAUAGUCGGAACCAUCUGAAAACGACCUCAGCGUUGCUGGAAUUCUCAUACUUGGUGUACUUCUUUUUCAUGAUUUGAAUUGCCUUCUGCCCAUUUUUGGAACUCCAAUCGAAUCCAUCUUGAUUCUGAUAGGAAACAAGCUUGUCUAAAAAUACGCCGUUUUGGUUAGAUGUGAAGUUCUCAAUGUCGGACGGCGAAAAAUUGGACUCCAACGAAUCAGGAGCAUUGCUUAUCACCUUGAUCCAUCUUCUCGCAAGCGAGAAGCACUCGUCAGCAAGUGUGGUGUCAAAACUUGGUUUUGGAGGCAGACCUGGAGCAUACAACCAUGUCUCCCAGUCGAUGGAAUCAAGCAGAUCCUUCUUAUCAGAAUAGAACUCGUAAAGAGCAUCUAAGAAUUGAUAUGUAUCCAAUGACUUGUACUUGAACUUCUCGAAGUAAUGUUUGAUGAAUGGGUCGAAUGCUUCCUUGCUGCCAAGAGUUUGUUCGAUGUGGAACAAAAGGUUGAAGCCUUUUUCGUAAGGAACUGUACUGAAUGAAUCGUCUGGAUCAUCACCAUGCUUUAAAUUCAGCACCAGCUUGCUAUAUUUCAAAGCUGUGCUGCCCAUAGCAGCAAUCGAGUUUUCCAGAUCAGUCCAUCCAAUGAUGGAGCUAAAGUGUCUGUGUUUUUCACCAUGCAAUCUCUCUAGGAUUCUACGCUCCAAAUAAACAGUCCAUCCCUCAUUGAGCCAGAAGUGUUCGAAUGAGCAAUUGGUUACAAGAUUGCCUGCCCAACUGUGGCUCAAUUCGUGCGCAAUGACAUCGACAUUCUCUUUGUCACCAGAAAUCAAGGUUGGAGUGGCGAAAGUGCAGUUAGGAUGUUCCAUGCCACCAAAAGGCAUCGACUGAGGAAGCACCAGAACAUCGUAGUCCUUCCACUCAUACUCGAAUACAAGACUUUCUGCAGUCUUUAUGAAAUUCUCAGUAUCAUCCUUGAACUCGUUUUGACAGGCCUCCAAAAAGCUGGGUUCCGUCCAAACUCUUGAGCGUGGCCCUAUUGGUGCGUCUUUGAGGUCCCCGGAAGCGAUGGAACACAGGUAAGAUGGGAUUGGAACCGGCUGGUAGAAGUUGUAGAGGGUAAUUCCGUUUUCCAAAGGUGUCUUCUUAGACAACAAACCAGACAUCAACACCGGAAGAGAGGAUUGGAUAUUGAAUUCGAACGGACUUUUCACGGAGGGAGUAUCAAAGCAUGGGAAGAAUGAGCGGGCAUGAAUAGCCUCGCAUUGGGAGAACAAGUAUGGAAGCUUUUUGCCGUCAGUCUGGGGUGGCUCGAGCCAUUGCAAGGCGGUACCUUUUCUGGUGGUUUCGUAAAAAAUUUCCAGUUUGAAACCCUCGUGGGCUUUGAAGUCGUAGUUAACAUACAAAGGAACGCCUAAAGGCCCACUGCUUGGUUUCAGCUCAAAGGACUGGAUGGUACCGUUGAUUGUCACUUUUUUUAUUUUAAGAUGAGCAGUGUCCAGAACUAACUCUUUGGUAUCGACUAAAGGUUUUAUGAUGUAUGUUACAGAACCAUCGAGAAUCUUGUCUGUGAAUUUAACUUUCAAGUUCAGGAUUGACUUCUCGACUUUGAACUUAAGAUAAGAUGAUAAGGUUGAGGGGUCUUGUUCUGGCGACGAGUGAGGCACAUGUGGUGCAAUAAUGGACCAAAGUUUUGGGCUAAUAUUAGGAUAGUUCGCCGACAUGGUGCUUAAAGAUUCAAACCGUUGAGAAAAAGUAUGCUUUAUGU